UAAGUAAAACAAGAAAAUAUAUAUAUAUUAAUUAAUAAUUAACCUGACGCUCAAGCGAAUAAUUCAAUAAUAAUUAUAAUUACCGUACCUACCAAAGGCUGAUUAAUCUACGUAUAUAUAUUUACCUCGUUUUUAUUAUAAAAAAAAAAAACUUGUUUACGAACAAUAAUAAUAAUAAUUAUAAUUAUAAUAAUUAAGAUUUUAAAGAAAAAUAUAAGUAAAGAUGAUUUAGUGGGCUGUUAAAUUAUCCAACUGAUUAAAAAUAAAAAUAAUAGAGCAAGUGCAAAGUGUGAAAGUGAAUAAGAAAAUAAUAGAUAAAUAAAAGUUACAUGUAUAAAGUAAUAGAUGUAAAAUGAAAGGAUGGGAGAGAAGACACGGUGGUCAAAGCCGUCGGUGUUCAUCGGUCGUCGACGUGCGGACAAACGGACACUGGGAGGUCCGACGAUAAGCGUUGUCGUUAACGAUGCGGGAUUUAAACGCAUACAACUGCAACAAAUUGUACGAGGACGUCGAGUGGUCAGGACCGGGUAUCGUUGGUACCCUCGUCGUCCUCGCAUUUGUGGACAUAAUGGUAAUUCUUGGCAAUGUACUUGUCAUACUCGCCGUUUACCACACUACUAAACUCCGCAACGUCACCAACAUGUUCAUCGUUAGUCUGGCGGUUGCUGAUCUCUUGGUCGGGGUGGCUGUGCUUCCCUUCAGCGCUACCUGGGAGGUCUUCAAGGUCUGGAUAUUUGGGGACCUGUGGUGCUCGGUGUGGCUGGCGGUGGAUGUGUGGAUGUGCACCGCGUCAAUAUUGAAUCUAUGCGCGAUAAGUCUCGACAGGUACUUGGCUGUUACCAGGCCAGUCAGCUAUCCUCAGAUAAUGUCACCAAAGAGAGCCAAGCUGCUGGUUGCAGCUGUGUGGGUGCUGAGUUUCGUCAUCUGCUUUCCACCUCUUGUCGGCUGGAAAGAUCAAAGGUCAAAUCCUCAACGAAAUGACGCUUUAACACUGGAUGAUAGUGGGCCGUAUAAUGAAACGCGAAUUGUAGUACAGCCAAAACCGUGCCCCUGGAUAUGCGAGCUUACCAAUGACGCUGGGUACGUCGUCUACAGCGCAUUGGGUUCAUUCUACAUACCAACACUAGUCAUGUUAUUUUUCUACUGGAGGAUAUACAACGCGGCUGUAUCGACGACCAAAGCUAUUAAUCAGGGUUUCCGGACGACCAAGGGCUCAAAAAUGUUAGGAUCCAGAUUUGAUGAACAACGACUGACACUAAGGAUACACCGCGGACGUGGGAGUGUUUAUAAUGGUGGAGCAAAUCACAGUAGCACGAGCCCAAAAAGUCCAGAAUCAAACCGUAGUGCGUCAGUACGUAAAGACAAAAUAAAAAUAUCUGUUUCUUAUCCAAGUACUGAGACUCUUAAUACAAAGUGUAAUACUCUUGAACGUACACCGUCAAAGUGUUCCCAAAUUUCUGUGCACUACAAUAGCAAUGGACAGACACUGAGCCAUCUUUGUCCGUCUACGAGAGGUUCUCAUCUCAAGGUCGGAGGUAUAAACCGAGUAGGAAGCUCCAGAAGACCAAGCCGUAGAAGCAGUUGUGAGAGUCAAGUAACCGGAGACGAAGUUUCACUCCGCGAAUUGACUCCUGGCGGCGAAGAGAAGCCUCGGGUGAUGAGAAUGGGCAAGAGGAACAUUAAAGCUCAGGUAAAGAGAUUUCGAAUGGAGACAAAAGCUGCUAAAACAUUGGGAAUAAUAGUUGGUGGUUUUAUACUUUGCUGGCUACCAUUCUUCACAAUGUACUUGGUACGUGCAUUUUGCCCGAAGUGUAUACACCCAACAGUAUUCAGUGUUCUGUUCUGGCUUGGAUACUGCAAUUCAGCGAUAAAUCCAUGUAUCUACGCUCUCUUCAGUAAAGACUUUAGAUUCGCAUUCAAGCGGAUUAUAUGCAAUUGCUUCUGCAAACGAAAGAAAAAUUCAUUGCGACGUGGGAGCGACGGCAGCCAAUUGGCAACGAGGAGUGACAGAAGUCCCAACUAUUCUAACCGGACACAGCACCACGGUGUGUCAAUAGAAGAUUCAGACCCCGAGCACAUCGUCCACUCGGGAAGCGACUCGAGAUGACUCUAGCGAACACGGGGCACCCACCGCGUCGUCUUCGAUUCAUGAUACAUGAUACUAAUGAAUAAAGCAACACCAGCUGUAUUAUGACCUAUGAUGUAUGAUGUGUGAGGAGUUCACACAUCAUCAACAACGAAUUACCAGUGUCGAUGAUGAAAAUAAGUAUUUGUUGUAUUAAAAUAUAAUGUGUAAUUGUACUCUGGACAGUGCGAAAUCUUUGAUGCCAUUGAUUUGAUUACGAUCAUUAUCAUCAGUAAUCAUCAACAUCACCAUCUUAUCUACCUCUGUGAAUCUUUCGGCUGUUGUGUGUCUCGUUCUGCAUUUUAUUCCAUUUCUGGACUUAUCUGCAAAAGAACCGAACGCUUAUCAAGAAAUUUAAUCAUUCAUCAAACCAGAGACGAGUGGAAUCUCUAGUCACACCGCAAUCGCGACUACUCAGUAAUCAUUCUUAACACGAGUAUUGAAUCGCGCUGUGGUGUCGAAUUUCAAUGUGUGUCAUUAAUGUUACUUUAAUUGAUGAACGAUUUAAUGAUUAACGAUUAAAUAACGCUAAUAAUAACUCUACUAAUAUUAAAAAAAAUGAAUAAUAAUAGCCAAUUUAUCAAUAAAUUAAAAUGAAGCAUAACAAUUAUUAAAAUAAAUUAUGAUUUAAAUAUAAAGGGUGAUAUCAAAAGUAUCGAUGUGUAUUCAAACGAUGUCUAAUUACACGUGUAUAUAAUAGUAUUAAUAAUUAAAAAUGAUAAUGAUAUUGAUAUUGAUAUUGAUAUUGGUAAUAAUAACAAGAUAUAUAUAAUAUUUAAGUCGGUGUUUAAAGAUAUUAUCGAAGACUACACUGUGUGUAUCUUAAUAAAGCGAUUCGAUGUCAGCGACAAGCUAAACCAAAUGUAGAAAUAAGAUAACAAAGUUAUAAUAAAUAAAAUGUUUAAAAUACGAAAA